AUGGCCGAUUUAAUUGCGUUUCAGACAUACCAUCAUAGUAAAUUGCUUCCGCCGUCCUCGACCAUGAUUCCGCGCCACGCCCAUAAGCGGUCUCUGUCCUCCGAGCAUCGGGGUCUUUCCCCCGAUAGGACCGUGACCAAAGCCAAGUCUACCACCAAUCUCUCCGACGCAGCGACGCAGCAGCACUCCAAGUUCGAGGAAACCAAUUUCAAUACCUUGCAGGACCCGCGAUUGGUCAUUCCCUCGGAAGGUUCAUCUUCAUCAUCCUCAUCGCAUCACCCCGAUCUGAGCAAUGAAGUAGCCGCCUUGAGUGUGAAGCUGAUACAGGCAAUCAACAACCAGACUACGUUGGAUGAUAAUUUGGCUGCCACGCGACAAGAGCUAGAGGCGGCACUGGGAAAAAUCCAGGCUUUGGAGUUUCAGAAUGAGAAAUACCGACGGGACAUUGCCGAGAAGGUCUACGUUAAGAAAGCUGAUGCCGAUAUCGAGCUUAUGCGGCUAAGAGGUCUUCUUGCAGAGGAGUGUGCCCGGCGUUCGACAGCGGAAAAGGCGAAGAAGACGAUUGAACAGGAGCUGGAGACUCUCACUGCCGAUCUCUUCCAAGAAGCGAACAAGAUGGUUGCCGCAGCCAAGAUUGAGCGCGAAGCAGUCGAGAAGAAGAACGAGCAAUUGCGCUCACAGAUCAAAGACACUGAAUCGCUUCUCGCCUCGCAUCAGGAUCAAUUAGCGGAGCUCAAGUCGGUCAUUCAAGGCAUGCACCUCGCCAAAGACGACUUGGAUAUCCGCACAAAUGUCUCCACCGCGCCCCCAUCUCCGGCCGGCCCGCCACAAUUGCCAGGGUCUUCUAAGCAAGAAAUUGAGUUUGAGAAUGCUGCACCCGCUUGUAACCCGGAAGAGUUGAUACCUGGACCCACUUGCAACUUCCCUGAGAUGAUUCGUUUGGUGUGCAGGACCGAUCUGCAGGCCUACGAAGAUUUCCGGGAGUUGAUGACGCUUCCUCGGAGCUCGAAGCCGCCAAGUCGCGCGGGCAGCGGAUCCUAUGCAGGCCUUAAUGUCAUGAGUCUGGCAAACUUUGCGACUGGCGGAUCCGCCUCGACCACUUCCUCGCCUACCAAGGGGAUGACAAAUUCCCCGAAUGGAAGCCUUUCCUCACAGACUGGCUCGCAUAUCCCUCUGAAGGAGACACGUUUCUACAAGCGGGUGCUCAUGGAGGAUAUUGAGCCGACCCUGCGACUCGACCUUGCUCCCGGCAUUUCAUGGCUUACCCGACGUACCGUUUUGAGCGGUAUUUGCGAAGGCACGCUUGUUGUGGAGCCUAUCCCCCCCGCGAACAAGAAAUUCGAAUUCCCUUGCUCUGUCUGUGGUGAACGCAGACUCAACCCGGAGAACGAGCGCACUCACCGUUUCCGAACCUCAGACAGCGAGACAGCCCAGCGAUACUCUCUGUGCAUCCCAUGUCUGGAACGAGUUCGCUCAUGCUGUGAGUUUACGGGCUAUCUUCGCCUGAUCCUUGACGGUCAUCUUCGCGCAGGUGAUGCCGAUGAGGAGAAGGAGAUAUGGGAGGAAACAGUCCGUUUACGAGAGCGCAUGUUCUGGUCUCGCAUCGCGGGUGGUAUUGUUCCACUGGUUACCGCGCCUGUUGAGUCUCAAACAGAGCCGGAAACCUCAGAGCCCAGCAUCAACGUCUCCGGACCAAAUGAGAACGACCACUACCUCCACCCGGAGGACAACGCCGUAGUGGAGUUGAACCCCGUGGAUGUGUCUCCAAGGUCGGAGAUCCCUCAUAUCGCCCAACCUAUUCCUCCUGAAACUCCCUUUCGGGACCAUGAUGUGGUCAAGCCCAUGACACCUGAACUCCCGCACCUCGAUCGGGAGGGCAUUGAUGACUCUGCCGAUGAAGCGUUGCAAAGGCGCGGCUCUGUUGACUCUGAUAUUAGUAUAUAUGAAGAGGCCAAUGCGGAGGUCGCUGAUGGCAGUGAGGAAGCUGCCAAGGACCAGCUACUGGCUACCGAUGAACAAGAAGACACCGAGGCUAGCUCUGAAACCGCGACUCCUGUCGUCCACCCGCACACGCCUACUCAUGAGCAAGAAGAACCCGAAGCCAAGGUUGACAUCCUUGAACCGGUCGUGCAGGCACCGACGCCCACUCAUGAAGACCGGAGCACCAAAGCCAAGGUCGACACCGUGCAGGACGCCACCGCAAAGGCUGUGUCUACCGAAAAGGCUGAAGCCAACGGCCAAAGCAGCUCGUAA